UUGUCUUUGUUGCUGUCGUAGCUCUCGAGCAGCUGCUCACAGAACUUGAAGAUUUUUUGAGGAUACUGGACAAGGAGAACUUGAGCAGCACUGCUGUUGUGAAGAAGAGCUUCCUCUCCGACCUUCUGCGGGUCUACACCAAGUCCAGCGGUGGCGAUGAGGAAUAUAUUUAUAUGAACAAAGUAACCAUCCAUAAACAACAGGGUGACCAGGAGAAACAAGACAAAGGGCUGGAUCGGAGAAACUCCUUGACCAAUGGAGACUCUGGACUGCAUUCGUCCCCUCCUCAAAAGAGCCUACCAGACCUCCCCCCUCCAAAGAUUCCCGAAACAAAACAACCUCCAGUCCCCAAGAUUGAAUCCCCAGAGGGAUAUUAUGAAGAGGCUGAGCCAUAUGAUGUCUCUGUAAAUGAAGAUGGUGAAGCCAUUAGUAGCUCCUAUGAAUCUUAUGAUGAAGAAGAGAGCAGUAAAGGCAAGUCAACAACCCAUCAGUGGCCAUCCACAGAGGCCACCAUUGAGCUGAUGAAGGACGCCCGCAUCUGUGCAUUCCUGUGGAGAAAGAAGUGGCUGGGACAGUGGGCAAAACAGCUGUGUAUUAUCAAGGAUACCAGGUUGCUGUGCUACAAGAGCUCCAAAGAUCACAGCCCUCAGCUUGACGUGAAUCUGCUGGGCUGCACUGUCAUUCACAAGGAAAAGCAAGUGAAGAAGAAAGAGCACAAGCUGAAGAUCAUCCCCAUGAACGCUGAUGUCAUUGUGCUGGGGCUGCAGAGUAAAGACCAGGCAGAGCAGUGGCUCAGGGUAAUACAGGAGACGAGCGGUCUGCUGUGCGAAGGAGGCAGUGAAGGCAACCAGUACAUCCCGGAUUCACAGCGUCUCAGUUACCCAAAGGUGGAGGUAUCCGAGAGGUACUCUGUAGCCUCCGAGAGUGGGAGCAGCACAGACGGCCAUCCAGAGGUUGCCGAGAUAAAAGAUGUUAAGAAGAAGGGCACAACUGGCCUGAAACUGAGCAACCUGAUGAACCUUGGAAGGAAAAAAUCCAGCUCCCUGGAUAGCCCAGAGAGAUCCCUGGAGACUUCCAGUUACCUGAAUGUGCUAGUGAACAGCCAGUGGAAGUCCCGCUGGUGCCAGAUAAAAGACGGUCACCUCCAUUUCUACCAGGACAAAAACCGAAGCAAACUGGCUCAGCAACCCCUGAGUCUGGCAGGUUGUGAAGUUAUCCCAGAGCCAAGCCCUGAUCAUCUCUACUCCUUCCGCAUCCUGCACAAUGGGGAAGAACGGGUCAUUCUAGAGGCGAAGUCCUCAGAGGAAAUGGGCCACUGGCUGGGCCUCCUUUUGUCAGAGUCGGGUUCGAAAACAGACCCAGAGGAAUUUACCUACGAUUACGUGGAUGCUGACCGGGUUUCCUGCAUUGUGAGCGCUGCAAAGAACUCCUUCUUCUUAAUGCAGAGGAAGUACUCUGAGCCCAAUGCCUACAUCGACAACCUGCCAAAGGGCAGGAUGCAGCAGGAGGAGCUGUAUGACGACGUGGAUCUGCCAGACCUGUCUGUG